AUCGUAGUAUUGCAAGCAGACAAUGGAAAAUACUUUAGUUUAAUCGAUCGCAACUCAAGAAACUCUUCUGAGGCAGCGAGGGAUAACACUGAUUCUUUCUGCAGAUUGGCGUGCUUGAUUCAGGAGUAGAUCGAAUAAGACUCUAAUAACGAUUUUCGUGCGACCCCCAUUAUUUCAAAACUCGGCAAACUUUUAGUCGACACGUGUGAGAAUCAAUCGCUCUGACGAAGGGCUAACGCCCCAUACGUCAGCCUUUAAACUCUUUACGGUGGCUAAUUUACGUUUUCAACUCAGUUUUUACCACUAUAUUACGUGCGAGAAUCGUUUGACUGCAAAAGAUUAAAUUUUGAUCUUGAGCGCUCUGAAGAUAGCCGGUCAGAGCAUAGAGAAACUGUUUUCAGCCACUUAAAGUGAUAAAAUUUUCGAUCAGGUAUGAGUGAUAGGAAGGUUUUUUUUUCGCAAGAGAAUCUUAGCAAAAGAGUUGAUCAAUGUCGGCCUUUCUAGUCUCACCCAAAGUUGGUUCAAAUCAUUGUAUUGUAACUCCUGAACGUAGUGUGUUUUCACGAGUCACGGUCGCAAUUUGCAAGGAUGAUUGCAGGUAAAGAAAGCAUUGACUGAUAGUACUUACUGUUUCCUCUGCAGAUUGCAGCAGGUUUGAUAUCGGAGGUGGAAUCAUGCACUCAGUCGUUCAGCAACGUAGUGCUUUUUUCGCGUCCAUAUCGCAACAGUUAAGCUAACCAUUUAUGCUAUUACAAAUAAUUUUAACAAAUACGCGCGCAAAUCUAUCUAAAGAACCACCGACCAUAAAACCGUUUGUUGUCUUGGAUAGAUUUUCUCUUCCCGCAAAGAUCGCUGAAAAAAGAAAAAAAAAAAAAAAAAGAAUGCCAGAAGGGUUAGACUACGUAGACUAGAAGACUGAUGGUAUCACAUAAGCUCAUAGUUUUCUGGUUCAAAAUUUUAAAACUGGAGGCCGCUUACUAGAAUGCCGCUGAGUUGUUACAAAUUUGUGAGCAGCUGAGGUGUUCCAAUUUUGCGCUUCGAUUCUUCGCAUUAUCGAUGCAUUCACCAAAUCUUGUAACUCUCCCAAACUUUAAUCUCAGAAAGCGAGAGGAACUUUUGGUAGAAAAAAAAACAUAGCACUGAAGUGAGAGGGCAAAAGGGAGCAGGCAUGGAAAUUAAAAAAAAAAAGGGCAGUAGAAGUGGCAUCUACAAUCAGCUUAGCACAAGUGUCCCUUUGAAACUUUCAUUAUAAGAAAUUGCUAGCCUUUUGUGUGUGAUCCUUCCCAAUUCAGGGCCACAUAUUCGACCAAUGCUGAAACUUCUUCUCUUUAUCAUUCUGCGGGUCGCAUGGUACUAGAAGAGGUGCUUUUGCUGGAAAACAAACUUCUUCAAGCUUCUCUUUUGUCGACGUUUUUUCCGCUGGUUCGUUUCAGCCUUUUUUCGAGGCUGUCUUGCCUGGAGUAUUCCCAGUACUGCCAAAAUGCCUUCUUUUGCUCAUUGCUGCUCAGGCUAAGUCAGAAAUUAACAAUUAUUAGUCAAAUCUGUUACAGUUUCUACGAUACUGAAAGGCUAUGUUACCGCCAGCAAACAAACACAGCAUACAAUUUCGCAAAUGAGAAACCGUUCACUUCAAACGCAGUUUUUGGAGAAAUGGCGAGAGGGGUGCGAUGUACUUAAUGAUUAGUCCUAUCUGUGAGGAAUGUAAGGUGUGCUUUUUGGUCAGGUGCAAGGAAGAAAAAAAAAAUUAAAUUAAAAAAAAAGAAUGGGAUGCGAUUCACAAGGAAUUACACCCUUGAGUAUAGGUCCUCUCUUUCUGCAAUCACAUGGUAAGCCCGCCAUGUUGGAAACGUGUAAAAAUAGUGCACCGCAGUCAUAGGCCACCACCUCAUGACAGUAUGCUUUCCUUCAAAAACUCAUUAAUAAUUCAUAAGUCCAUUAACCUAUCAAAUGGUAGAUAAGACAUCACGUGCAGUGACUUUAUAUCGAUAAACCUCAUCCUUAUUAGUAUGCGGUGUUUUAUCAGAUAGAAAGACACUACACGUGACUUCAGUUAUGAAUAUUAAUUAAUUAUCAACAGAAACUGACACAACAAAUGGUGGGAACAUAUUUAAUGUUCUUUCAACAAAUUUCACACAGUAAAUUUACUUUUGCACCAAAUUAAUAAUACAGUUGUGAAAUACACAUCUGGAAAAAUUCUCUAUUCCAUUAGUACAGUAAUCUGGUAAAGGCAUAUUAGACAAUACAUCAUCUGAAACUUCGAAUUCAAGAUCAGUUGGAUCAGUUCAGAUCAGUUUUUCUCGUAUGCUAAUUUCUAACGUUCACAAAAGCAUUAUUGUUAUGAACUCUCUUGACACACGCUUUUCCAAGAAUGUUUUUGAAGCCGUUCAAAAAACUCGCAGCACGUGUUUUAUCGGGUCAAAAACCACUCGGCUGCGCCUCGUGGUUUUGAACCCGAUAAAACACUCCUGCUCGUUUUUUAAACAUUACGUAAAACAGCUUUGCACCCGCAGUAAGGUCCUUACAGUAGCUCUUGGCGAUGACCAGGCAACUGCAGAUCCACUUGCUGCGGGUAACACAAAUAGGCGUCCGCUAGAACACUGUUGCAAUUUCCGUCCGUCAAUUUUCCCAUAUAACAAAACACAGCUGCGUUCACUCAGAUUUUCAAUUUAUGCACACAUCCACAAUUACUACUCAUGAAUGAGUAGUGUCUUUUCUGAUAAAACAGAAAACAUUGCUUUUUCAUAGAAAGCGGUGAUAACUUUGGUUUUUGCUAUCCUCUUUCAUGUUUUAUGGAACUGUUUGAGAAAAUUCGGCGUUAGCUUAUUUCUUCGGCUUGAUCAAGAUGGUAAAAUUUUUAAGAUUGGUCCUCGCGCGUAAGUUGUUGAAUGUAAAGAGAAGAAUCAACUUGAUCAGGUUAUAAAAACAAAUAUUCGCUGAGAAAUAAUGUGUUUUGCUUCAGUUUAUUUUAUAAAGGAAUAAAGCUUAUUUCUAUCGGUUUAUCGGCAAAAUAACCUAUUUGGGAUAUUGGGAGAACACUCGAAAAAUUUGUUAAUCACCCGCCUCUGUCCACGUACCUUUUUGAUUAUCUCUCAACAUCCCGCGUGGUUUAUUACGCCGCUAAACCGACGGAAAGUGCUUUCUAUCGUUCAAACAUUGAAUUCUUACAGAUCGUGUAGUAGCCUCUUCUUUCGUGAUCCAAGCAUAUCCAAGGAGGUGGCGAUUUUCCAAAGGAAGCUUGAGUCCAAUCAUGCGCAGAGAAAAGAAGUGCUAUGCCUGCUUAUUGUUUUACGUUUUGACAACCAUCUUAAACUGUUCCUCAGGUUAGUAAUUCUAUUGAUGCUGAUGCUUUAGAAUUACUUGCACCUUAAAUGAAACAAUUUUAAACAGGAUGUUGAUGGGUUAUCAUACUUCUCUGAUUCUUCGUUGUCACCUUUAAAAUAGGAAUUUGUCUAUUUUAGGGGGGAAUUUUGAAGAACGGCUCUUUUCAAAAACCAAGCAUUAUCAUCUUAAUGUUCCUCAUGUUGGGAUAAUCACCGUAAUGGACGAAAUGGAGUGCCUGUUUAAAUGCCGCAGGAGUCAUUUGUGCCUUUCUGUAAACAUGUCCCCGUCCAAAGGAAGAGAUGGAAAGCUUUGGUGUGAGUUGCUGUCUUCUGAUAAAUACAGAAACGUCGACAAGUUGAAGGCAAACAAAAGUUCGCAUUAUUAUUGUGUCGAGGUAAUCCUAACUCUCUCUCCAAAAAUAAAUAACUUGUAUAUCUCCUCCUCAGCUUUGUAUUAUAAUUGUUAUAGCUGUUAACGAAAUACUAGAAUUUCACUUGUUAUGAAACAUAACACCUUCACCGCAUGCAGUGUAUGGUAACUGGCAAAGAAGUCAAGUUGUAAUCAUUUGAACUGGCUUCAUCAACAUUUUUUUCAGAGGAAACAAUGGUACUAAUUGAUUUUAACGCGACGAUCCAAACCAGGCGCGUAGCUGAAGUUUUCCAAAGGGUGUUCGUAUGUGAUUGAAAAUGUAAUUGUGCGCCGGAGGCGCACUUUCCUAGGGGGGUCCGGGGGCCAGCUCCCCCGGAAAAUUUUGAAAAUGUAGGUUCUCUGAAACCCAAUUUCCCGCAUUUUGAGACCCAUUUUAGGCAAAUCGAAAGAAGAGAGGCCGUUUUAAAACAAAAUAAAGAAACUGUUUUUAUUUUGUUUUAAAACGGCCUCUCUGGUGUUGUCAGUUAUAAUCAUUUGUAUUUCAGUCCGCCAUUAUCGAACUUCAAAGGGGGUUUGUUCGAACCCUUCGAACCCCCCCUCCUACGCGCCUGCAAACCGUUCUUUGCCUGGUCAAGUCAGAUUCUAUCGAUUUCCACUCGUACAUCACUGUUUUGACUCACAGUUGCUUAAUUUUAAAUAUUUGCAUCAUAGCGCCAUGAUCUUUAAUUACAGAGUUUUCUUCUGCUAGCAACUAGAAACAAAUCUCUCAGUCUCUUGAGUCCGAAAGAAGAAAGCAUUGUUUUUGUGAUCGCAAUUUUAUUUCUUUACUGAGUGAAAUUAGAAAUAUGCGGCAGUGAAUUCCUCGAGUUUUAUUUUUUAGAAAAACCCCAGAAUUACUGCCGCUUGCGGAAGUGUUAAGUUACUGAUGCAUUCAGCUGCUAAUGUUUACACAAUAUAACUGAAUGAAAUCAAUCGACCAAUGAAUUCCCACGGCUGGUGAUUAACAUCAGAUCGUAAAAAGUCGUUGAGCCGCCGUAACCAUAAAAUAAACGAUAAAAUGUCAUCAACGUUAAUUUAGAUUCCAUACUGCCUUGAAUCGCUUAAAAGAAUAGUUCAAAUAAUUUGCAUUUAUCUCCAUAUAGCUUUCCUGUUUUAACAACCCAUGUAAGAACGGAGGGACCUGGCAACCAGUGCACGGAGCUCGAGAGUGCGGUAAUGAUUCCACGUGCGUCUGUGCAGCGGGUUUCAGAGGGAAAUUUUGCGAGCAAAGUGAGUAAACCCUUGGGUCAAUUUUAUUUUGCGGUAUCAAGAAGAUGGCAAAAGAUGAAAAGAAACAAAAUUUUGCAGUUUUCACGAGAGGAUUGCCCUGCUCCAGUCUCUCCCUCUUUGGCUUGCUUCCGUCUUAAACUUACCCUUGGCUACGCCCCGUCAUUGUAGGCUCACUGCCACUUAGUUCAAAACAAGGUUUUUAGAAUAUUCUUUCUUUUGCUCUAUAUACUAUCGUAGAUGUCACUCUUAGCCUGGAUAGAUUCUGGCCAGUUGGUGUAGCCUUGAAAGGUUACAAUGGCAAGUAUCUCGGUCGUAUACAGCGAUCGAGAAUUGAUUACAUCGAGAUGGCAAAAAGUCAGAAGGAAAGUACCACAAGAUUUGUAGCCACGAAGUCCAGUGGCAAGCUGAUGCUUACAGCAGACAAUGGGAAGUAUUUGUCGAGAAUAACACGUGGAAAUGUCGAUUACAUCGAAGCUGCCAAGACAUAUCCUGAUACUCCCAGCCAGUUUACAGUACAUGAUCAACCAGAUGGAACCGUUGCAUUGCAAGCAGACAAUGGAAAGUACUUGAGUUUAAUCGAUCGCAACUCAAGAAACUCUUUUGAGGCAGCGAAGGAUAACAUUGACUCUUUUUGCAAAUUGAGGCGUGAGAUUCAGAAGUAA